CGAAUUUUUUGUCACCAGUGCCUGACUUACCCGCCCGCGCGUACCCACCUACGAUCAAAUUUCCGGCGGCGGCCAUUUGCGGCAAUCACACCUUUCAUCCACGCACCACCGUCAAUCUCGGAUCCUCUAUCCCCACCCUUCCUUCUCUGCGCCCCUUGCCUCCUCUCCCGAUGCCAUCUCCAUCUUGCCUAGCGGUCGGCGUGGCGGGCGUCCCCAUGGCACGCGAGAUCAUUGACCGCCUCCUCCGCCCCAAGAUCGCCGGCAACCAGCCCCUCCCGCGCGCUGGCCGCUUCGUCCACGACGCCGAUGUCUACGCGGCCGCCCCGACCACCUCGCGGCCACGCACGCGCCCGCGCCGCCGGCCGGCGCCAGGCCCGGCUGGUACUUCUUCAACCCGCUGCACUACCAGCAAACGGGCAGGGGGACGCCGUGUCGACGGCAGCGGCACCUGGAAGGUGGCCGGUGGUGGCCAUGGGACGCUCCCGGAGGAAGGCGCCGCCGCCGAGCAGGGCGAAUCGUCGGCGAGCCUGACGGAGUGGCGGAUGCACGAGUACGGCAUCAUCCAAGAAGAACAGCCACUGAUCCUCUGCGAGGUGUACAGAUCUCCCUCACGCGGGAGAAGGUCGACGGGCGACCACAAGAUUUUCCAUUUAUGCAGGCUACUCUCUCGUAGGCUCGUAGCUCGUGAGCUUCAAGAAGAAUGUUGCAAGAUUACUAGGACAUUACAUCCAGGACUGUGGUUGAACACACGUACCAUGCCGUGCAUUACUGCUAUUAGGAGUGCAUGAUCUUUGCUCCUAAUAACAAAUUUCUUUCUGAAAUGUGAAUUGUGCAGGAUUCAUUAGUCGAGGCUGCUAAAGAGGAAGCCAUUCUUGUAUGAGAGAAUUAUUUUCUUGGCCCUAAAAAGAGUUGUGCUUAGGUUUUUGGCCUUUUUUCUUUUGAAUUUGGCUAUUUGGUCCAAAAACGAAUUUCAUUUAGUUUCUUGGCCUUUCCGUAACUUACAAUUAGAUUUACAGUCUAAUUAUAUUCAAACGCAUCCGUUUAGGUUUUUAUCCAAGAUAAUGAUAACAUAAAGAAACUUUCCACGAAUUUUUGAUAUUUUCCCACUUGUAAAAUAAUUUCCAGGCAUUUAUAAAUCUAUUUUCAGUUUUAAAUUGCAGGAACAUGAUAAAAUAGUGAAAAAUUCACUGGAGUCAUAUCUAAGCAUGUUGGAUCCAACAAAAAUCACUAAGAUACCAUUUGAGCUACUAAAAAGUAGAUAUUUCUAUGAAACUUAUUUUGGGGCCAAAUAGCUAAGUUGAAGAGAAAAAGGGCCAAGAAACUAAUCACAACUUUUUUUAGGGCCAAGGAAAUAAUUCUCUCUUCUUGUAUUAGCUAUUUCCGGAUCAGAGAUCCUCCUGUAACUGUUUCCAAAGUGUAUUUUUUCUUCAGAGCCAUGGAAAUCAAGCUGUUUCUCGUGAAAUCUCUAUAAUGGAAACACGCCCUUUCGUUCUGCGAUAUGAAGUUUCUGACUUA